AUGUUCGGAGGAUUCGCCCCCCCUCAACAAUCCCAGGAGGAGAUCCGCGCCAUGGAGGCCGAGGCCGCCUUCACCGUCCAACAAGUCGUCGCCACAGCCUUCCUCCUCUACUUGUCUCCCUUCGCCAUUGACAUGGUUGGCAAGAUUUUCUAA